AUGCCUCGCAGACCGACCCUUGCCGAUAGACUGAACUCCAUCCGGCAACGAGCAAACAAGACUACCAGUGGGAACGAGCUCAUUACGUGGGAUGACAACGAUCCCGAACAUCCACACAACUGGCCCGCUCACCGACGAUGGAUUUCGACUGUGCUGAUCGCCAUGUAUGCAUUCAUCGCACCCAUGGCCUCGACAAUGGUCGCUCCGGCACUAGAUACCAUAUCAGACGAGUUCAACUUGCGUUCGGACAUCGAAGAGUUCCUCGUCAUGUCAAUCUUCUUGCUCGCCUUUGCAAUCGGUCCCUUUCUUUGGGGUCCUUUAUCAGAAGUCUUUGGAAGAGUCCGUGUGAUACAAGGCGCCAAUGCGAUCUUCCUCAUCUUCAAUACCGCGUGUGGAUUCGCUCGGAACAAGGAGCAGAUGAUGGCUUUCCGCUUCUUAUCUGGCAUUGGUGGCAGCGCACCCCAAGCUAUCGGAGGUGGUAUUUUAGGCGAUUGCUUCAAAGCCGGGGAACGAGGUCUAGCGACAGCGAUUUACUCACUUAUGCCUUUCCUCUCGCCAGCGCUUGCGCCGAUCAUGGGCGGCUACAUGACGCAGUUCGUGACCUGGCGCUGGGUCUUCUGGGCGACCUCGAUAUUCGAUGGAGUUGUGCAAAUCACUUGCGUCGUGCUCCUGAAAGAGACCCAUCAUCCAACUAUCCUCAAGAACAAGGCGAAACGACUGAGAAAGACAUUCGGAAAUCCCGACUUGCACACGAAAUGGGAUGGACCGGACCACUCGAUGAAGAAGCUUGUGAUGAAGAGUCUGGUGCGGCCUUUUAUCAUGCUCACUACACAACCUGCGUUGCAAGCAAUGGCUUUGUUCCGUGGAUACCAAUACGGUUUGAUGUACCUCGUCUUCGCUACCUUUCCGCGAGUGUUCCAAGGCGCUUACGAUCAAGGAGUUGGAAGAGCCAGCUUGAACUACCUGUCUCUCGGCGUCGGCUUCAUCAUUGGCCUUCAGAUCUCGGGUCGGAUGCAAGAUAAAAUAUACACAUGGUCCACGGGAUUCGAUCCUUCUCGUGGUCUUCCAGAGUAUCGCCUGCCAUUGGUUCUUCCAUUCUCCCUCUUGAUUCCAAUCGGUCUCUUCAUCUAUGGAUGGACUGCUGAACAUGAAAUCCACUGGAUCGUACCAAAUAUCGGCAGUGCCAUCUUCUCUGUCGGGCUUAUAGUCUGCUUCAACUGCGCUCAAGCUUACGUGGUGGAUACAUACACCACUUAUGCUGCAUCCGCGACUGGAGCAGCGGCUUUUGUCCGAACCAUGAUGGGGUUUUCGUUCCCGCUGUUUGCUCCUGGAAUGUACGAUACACUGGGCGUUGGCUGGGGAAACAGCUUGCUUGGGUUCAUUAGCCUUAUAUUGGGGCUGAUCGCACCCGUUCUACUCUGGAAAUACGGCGGAUCGCUGAGAUCGAAGAGCACCUACUGUACGGGCUGA